CGCGUUGAGUGGAGUUUAAAAUACGCUCCAACGCUGUGUUUCAUAGAUUAAAAUUUAUUAAUUUUACUUAUUGUUCCUUAAAACAUGUCGAACGAACGAAAUGAGUUAUCGAUUCAGGCGAAAAAAGAGCUGUUGAUUUGCUACGACGUCGCACAACUUUCAAACCUUUCUCAACAUAGAGCUGCCUCAAUCUUGAAUAUUUCGGUGGGAACAUUAAGAAGACUGUUGAAAACCCGUAAAGAAAUUGAAGAACACCGAAUUGUAAAAACUAUUGGAGAAAAAUGUCGUCGUCAUUACCUGAGAGAAAAACGAGAAAAUGACAAACUAUUAACUCAUAUGGAGGAAGGCAUGGUCAGAUGGUUGGAAUACGCGAGUAUUUUAAGCGUACGGGUGAGUAAAAUGAUUUUAAUAGAUAAAGCUAGAAGUUUGGGAAGAGUACUUGGAGUUGAAAAUUUUUCUCCUGAUAAUAAUUGGAUAGAGAAAUGGAAAAACAAGUACAAUAUUUCUAAUAAAAGAGUUCAACUAGUAACCGACCAAAAUAGAGGCGCAAUUUUUUUAGCAAAUAACUACGGGUUAAUAAAAUCUGUCAAAGACUUUUUCGAAAAUGUCAUGUCCAAUUACGACGCCAACGACAUAUAUAGUUUAUUCGAGAUCGGCCUCUACUAUCACGACCUACCAAAUUCAAAUUGUGAGUUCAAAGGACCUCCGGAUAAUAGGGAAUGUCAAAAAUCUAUCCAUAGACUUAGCAUUAUAUUUGCGUCCAAUAUAACGGGGACCGAUAAAAUGCGCCCCAGAAUCAUUGACAAUAUUCACAUUCCACGAUAUUUGCAAGAUGUAAAAACGUUAUCUGUACAUUUUCAAGCCAGUUAUAAUACGUGGAUCACUAGCUGCUACGCGUCAAUUUUAAGAUGGUUGGACGAAGAGUUAUCGGGAAGAAAAAUUUUGGUCAUCAUUGACAAUGUGAUGGUAGAUUUGCAAAUAGAACUGCAAAACAUCGAAAUAAAAUAUUUACCAAGUAGCAUGGUAUCUGUCCACCCUCUCCGACAGAAUAUUAUGCGCAUCGAAAAAACAUAUGAGUAUUAUUUAAAACAAACAAAAUCUGCAACCACAUCUAACGCCGAAAAUUUGCCGACUACUUACAAUACUGCCCAAAUCUCAGUCUCGGAUUCCAUGCAUAUGAUUUUCAAUGUCUGGGAAAACAUGCCACCUGCACUAAUCCGAAAUUGUUUUCGGAAAGUAGGUUUUAUAAAAACUAAAACCGAGGAAAUUAAUGAAAAUUUGUAUUUGAAUUUCAAAUAUUGGAUUUCAAAUUACCGAGAAUAUUUGUGGACAAUUUUCAAUCACCUACAAGUUGAGUGAAAAAAACAACUUAUUUCUACUCAGAAUGAUCUUCAAAAAUCAGACGUUCAAUUACAUACCAAACUUAAUAACUACAGAUAUUUAAAGCCAUUACCAAAACCUUCAUUUGCCAACAAGAACGUACCAAACUUCUAUCAACAAGAUAAAUAUAAUUAACGAAACUGAAUCCAUGGAUACAAUUUUAAUUAGCAGGGCAGGGAAAAUAAGAAGAAACACGCAAACCAUAAAAAGUAAUUUCUAAACUAGGUACAAAAUAAAUACUUUAACUAUAACUUGCUUUAGAACCAUGCUAAUUAUAGUUAUAAUUUUUUUUUUUUUUACUUUCCUAUUGGCUAUUGUUAUAUUUUUUUAACAUUAUAUUAAUACAUAUUAAUUAUACCUACAAAUUAUUUAUUCACAAAACGUAAUCAAAUCAUAGUACACCCAGAUAGACCACACAUAUUUUUGAAUUAAGUCAAUAAAUCCAUUAUGACUCACUUAAAAUAUAAUUUAAUUCUUAGUAUUUAUCUAAGUAAUUUCUAUAGAAUUGAUGAAAAUCCAUUGUAUAACGUACCAAAAUACCUAACACCUCGAAUUUACAAAUUGAUUUAGUUUUACUUAAUAUUUAUCAUUAAUUAAUACAAAUUUACUUGUAGGUAAAUAUGUAUUAUGUCCCACAUAUUAUACUCCAACGGUUUUCCAAAAUAAUAACCGUAGAAUGUUCUCUUUUAUUAUUAUUAUUUUUUUAUUUU